UUUGUCCCGUUCAACAGUUAUUUCUCGGGUUUUUCUUCAUUGCGUGUUGCAGGGGUAAUGUUUAUAGCCAGUCAGGUUGCCAAGGUAGUUAGUUCUUUCCUCGCCUUGCGUUUCUGCGGCCCGGGUUCGUUCCUUGGCUCAGUCCGCAUGUGGAUUGUGUUUUCAGACCCUACCUGACUCCGUGGGUUUCACCCAGAUUUUUGGGGGGGAUUUCUCCCACCUGUAAACCAUCUCCCAGCUCUUCUUAUUGUCUCCUCUCCACAGAUGUGAGUGGAUGUAGGUCGUCUGACGGCUGCCGAGGCACCCUUGUAUGCCAUCGGCUCAACCACUUCUAAAUGUCUUCAUUGUACAGUGCAUUUAAACAUAUCUAUAUGAAAUUUGCGAUUUAUAAAUGAGUAAAUUAUUAUUUACUUGGAUGUCAGUGAUCUUAUUUCACACAAAAGACCAGCACUCUGCACCCCUGCAGGGAACCAGUUUGUGAUUGCACAGAGUCCGGCCUCUUAUCUCAAGUAACCUGUUGACCCAUUUGUAAACCCACUAGCUACUGGUUUCUGUGAUUGCUUUGUUGGGAACAUAUCAUUUUGGUAUUAAAUAUUCACUGACACAACAGUUGUGUUGUUAUAGAACAAAUCGUGUAUUGGUACACAAACAUCAGACUAAAAGUCUUGUCCUCCUUGAAGGGGAAAGAACAUGCCUUCAAUGAACACCGAGCCAUUUAGCUGAUAUAUAUCACUUUAAAUCCUUAAUAGUAGAUUUUCGCGUAUUUUGUAGGUCGAAUAAACUUGAUAUGAGUUUGAAAUUUAAAUUUGGAAAACUUUAUGGAUUUCCCCCGUCCCUUUUUCAGUGGAGAGGUUUGAAAACUUUAAUUGUAAACAACUUCUCCCCUUCAUACGUAGUGACCGACUUUUUCCCCAAAUACCCCGAUGAUUGGGCCUACUUUACUAAUGUCAUUUCGGUGAAAAUGAAAUCUGUAUAAAAAACUUAAAUUCUUAAAAAUUAUAAGCCUGCAUUUGAUGAGAACCACUGUAUGGGUUAAUCAUGCUGUCACGUUUUUUUUUUUAAAGUAUGCCGUUUCUAUUUAAAAUUAUUAAACCAGUUUGUUUUUAUUUGCUGUGACGAUAUUCAUGGUCUUAUCUCGAAGCCGAACGGUUUACCGUCUGACGCAUAUUUUCCAAAUCCAGGUAUAAAAGGCCGAGCAAAUAAAGGUCAUGCCUUAACAAUUACGCAGCUAAUGGAUGGCGUUCAUUGCUUGGAAACCGGCUGUCAACUAUCAACACUUUCGCCCCAUGUGAUUAUUGAUCGGGAUAAUCCAAGAUGGCUUCUCUAUUGUAACUGCGUUGGUGCUGUAUUAUUUGGGCCGAUUUUGCCAGGAUUUUACCGACGGAGUAGCUGCUUUCGAGGCCUAGGAAGGACUUUCGCUGGAGGAGAUUUUUGGGAAGCAGCAUGCCCGAGGAAAGCGUGAAAGUCGCCGUGCGCGUGCGGCCUUUCAACUCUCGUGAGAAGGCCCGCGGUGCCCAACUGAUCAUCGGUAUGAACGCCGGUACCACAACCAUACUGAACCCGGAGGCCCCGAAUGAAGAACCCAAGAAGUUCAACUUUGAUUACAGCUACUGGUCGCACGAUGGCUUUGAGGAACGAGACGAAGUCCUUGUGCCUGUCUCGCCAAAAUACGACAGCCAGAAAAAAGUGUUUGACGAUCUAGGCGUGGGUGUACUGCAGAACGCAUGGGAUGGAUACAACUCCUGCCUCUUUGCCUAUGGGCAGACUGGAUCGGGAAAGUCCUUCUCUAUCUUUGGCUACGGGCCAAACAAAGGGGUUAUUCCCAUCUUCUGUGACCAACUCUUUGUGGAGGUGGCCAACAGGAGAGAGUCGGGGACCAAGACAGAGUUUGAGGUGAUGUUCAGCAUGCUGGAGAUCUACAACGAGCAGGUGCGGGACCUGCUGAACCCUGCCUCCCACAAGAAGGGUGGUCUCCGGGUCAGGGAACACCCCAAAAAGGGAUUUUAUGUUGAGCAGCUGCGUAAUGUGCCUGUUCAAAGCUACCAGCAAAUUGAGGACCGUAUGGAUGAAGGCACGCGCAACCGCUCUGUAGCCGCAACCCAGAUGAACGCCACAAGCAGCCGCGCCCACACCAUAGUGGGCAUCACGUUCACCCAGAAGACCGUCAACGACGCUGGGCAGGAGAUGUCAAAGGUCGCCGUGGUGAACUUGGUGGACUUAGCCGGCAGUGAGCGUGCUGAAUCGACAGGGGCUACCGGUGACCGACUGAAGGAAGGAGCUGCCAUCAACCAAUCACUGUCUUCCCUGGGCAACGUCAUCUCGGCAUUGGCUGAUAGGGCAAAGGGCAAAAAGGUUAAAGUACCAUUCCGUGACUCUGUACUAACCAAACUGCUGAAGAACGCCUUGGGCGGAAACAGCAAAACUAUCAUGAUUGCCGCCCUCAGUCCGGCUGACAUCAACUACGAAGAGACACUGUCGACACUUCGAUAUGCUGACCGUGCUAAACAGAUCAAGACGUCUGCCGUGGUCAACGAGGACCCUACAGAGAAGCUGAUCCGAGAGCUGAAGGAGGAGAACGCCCGACUGAUGGAGGCCAUCAAGAAAGGCGGCCUGGUCAUGGUAGCCGAUGACGAGGACAGAAAAGAAGGCAUGACCGAGGAAGAGCGAGCUGCCAUCAGGAAGGAGUUGGAGGAGGAGAUGCAGGCCCGGCUGGAGGCCACAGAGCGAGAGCUGGGCUACAUGAAGCAGAGCUGGGAAGACAAGCUCAAACAGGCUGAGGGUGGGGAUGACGGAGAGAGGGCCAAGAAAGAAGCCAAGAAGACCACGCCUCAUCUCUACAACCUGAACCAAGACUCCCAGCUCAGCGGGAUGAUCGUCUUCCUGCUGGGGCCCGGUAGCUACAAGGUGGGCAACAACAAGGCCGAGACACUGCCGGAAAUCGUGCUGAAUGGACUCAGCAUUCAGAAGGAGCACGGCGUAAUCGCGAACGACAACGGCAAGGUGUUCCUGGAAAAGGGCAGCUCGGAGGCCAAGAUCCUGGUCAAUGGCGACCCGCUCGUGGGCAGGGUGGAACUGGAUCACAACGACAGGAUCAUGUUUGGCAGCAACCACCUGUAUGUCUUCCAGCAUCCCCAGCUUUACAAGGCUAAGCCAACCAACUAUGUGGGCGUGGUCACCUAUGAAUCUGCCCAAGAAGAGAUCGCUGAGAAGAACGGAUUUGACAUGACCUCCAAUAACUCCAAAGAGGACAUGCUGCUGCAUGAGGACCUGGUGGAGAUGAUCCCGGCCGUGGAGGAGGCCAACGCCAUCAGCGAGGAGCUGGACCAGAAGGUCAAGUUUGAGAUAGUCGUCAUGUCGCCCAAAGCACGCGGCCUGGCCCACGGUCGCACAGAGGUGUGCGUGAAGAUGAGAAACCUGGAGAAGGACCUGGAGUACAUCUGGCCCAGGGACAAGUUUGUGCGGCGCAAGUACCUCAUGCAGGAGAUGUACCAGAACUUCACCGAGGGCGAGGAUUGGUCGCUUCCUGACGAGAAGAAUCCCUUCACAGAGCCAGCAGACCAGGAGGUUCUCAUAGGAACAGUCAACGUUUACAUGCAGAGUCUGGCUUACCUGAUUGAAUCUAAAGAGCAGCUGGACAUCACGGAUUACCGGGGAAAGGAGCUGGGUCUCCUGAACAUGGAGCUGGUGCCCUGUCACAAGAACGGCAAAGAGAUCAAGGAAGACGACGAUCUCUUCAUCGACCAUCCCAACGAGCUGGUGGGGAGGGACCUCAACUUUGUUGUCAAGAUCAACAGCGCCAUGGGAAUCCCCAGCAAAUUCACUGGCAUCCACUGUAAGUACAACGUGUUCCUGGAAACGGAGAUGAUCGACACCAACCACGUAAACGGGACCUCCAGCCCGGAAUUCAAGCACAAGAAAGUUUUCAACUUCCCCGUGGUAACAUCAAACCUGGUGCAAUAUCUCAUCAAUGACCACCUGGUCAUCCAAGUCUGGGGGACCCAGAAAGACGCCCAGUCCAAAAACAAGGCCAAGAAGAACACCAAGGAGAUCAUGUUGGCCGAGGCGCUCACCAAGGGACGAGAUGUCAACGCCAUGGCUAACCAGGUGUCUGACCCUGCUAUGAAGGCCAAGUACAUGUUCCAGUUUGCCGUGAUGAAGAAGCGGCAAGAGAGAAUGGAAACCAAGAUCGCUCAGUUCCGUAAACUGGUGACCACGGCAGAGAUGUCCAACAAGGCACGGGUGGAGACCAUGGUCUUAAAGGCGGUCCUCAAUGCUCAGAAUGACAAGGUAGCUGACAAGGCCAUUGCGCGCGUCCCCAAGGACGAAGGAGCUGGAAACUUGGGAGAGGAAACUCAGAAGUCGGGAGUUUGUGCCGUCAUGUGAGUUCUCUCAAGAUCACAAGAGUUUGUCGUCCUCGUCAGAAUUUCUGAGUACGGAGUCACUGAAGUCACUUGUUGGUUUGAUGUAAAUUCUCCUGUGUUGUGUGUGUAUUAAUACGACAGUAGCAACCUACCUCAACUCUCCGAUUUUCUUCACUGUCAAUUGAUUAGAAAUGUGGAAAAGAUGGGAGAUCUGGGAGUGUUGGACACUCUCCCAUUUUGACCAUUCUUGGUGCAUGACCCUAAAUAUGCCCAGGUAAUAAUGCAGCGGUUGUGGAUCUUAACUUACCCAAAGGAACCCCAAUACCGCAGUGACCCAAAACCCAUGACUGGUGCAGACCUUUCUUAACUUCAAUUUUCAUUUUGGCAAAUUUUAAAACACUCUUUGCCAAGAAUUGUAUGUUCACCUACUGCCUAUGCUCGGCUGUGAUACUCCCAGCAGCAAAGGUGGUCCAAAUCUGGAAGCCAUAUUAUACCAUGUAGUUUAAAAGAAUGGACAUUUCGGAUAUCAUCCAAUUAAUAUAAAUGAUCCGUAUGCACUUGUGAAGUAAGUAGUCACCAGCAAAGAUUAUAUAGCGCCGUGUAGCGGUGCAAGAUGGGUAAUUUGGCCAUAAAGGUGUUAUCACCAUGGGCGCCAUUCGAGUGUGAACGUUCAUGUGUGUGCGUGUCUGUCGUGGUGCCUG